UGUAGAUCGCAGAACUCUGUCGAGGCAGCAACAUUGAUGGCUACAGUGUCUGUUUUUAUUAUUCGCCGAACGUAAAUUGGUCCUUAUUGAAGCCAUAUUGUUAGGUGCUGUAGAGCAGGAGAAACAUUAACAUGCAUUUGGUUAUAAUCACAAUUUAAUUAAAUAACAACAAAUAGAGUUGCCUAAUCGGAGAAAAUUACUUUGCAAGAAAGAGUGCGCUUCUGUUCUUCCGUUACCAAUGAUUUUCGGCUAUGUGAAUUUAGUCAUAGCAUAGAAGUGAUUAAGAAACGCGGCGCAAAAAGUAGACAUUUGUAAAUAGAAGCAUACUUUAGUGCUACAGUAUGCUAAUACAAUGUAAACCUAGUGGAUUAGAUGGACGAAGAUGUUAACGAGGACGUUAGGAGAGAAUAUCGUGCUGACAACUAUUAUGUCCAUUAUAUCGGGAAAGUCUCAACUGACCGAUUACCAUGGGCGUGUAUGAUAUUGCCGGUGUGGUCAUCUAUAUCAUAAACAGUAGAUACGUUAAAGGAAGGAGCGACAGUUCACAUAUAGUUGUCUAAACGACGCUUGUCUUUACGUAAGACGGUGGCGGGCACGUAUUCAAAAAAAAAAUAGGAAAAGACACAUCAUCGUUCCCAAAACGGCGUUAUUCUCGCCGACUGCUCCAAAAGAAAGAUGAGUUCUUCCUUAGUGGAACGUCAAAAUUUGGUAUCGCUUGUAAAACUAUGUGUUCGAGACCUUCUUGAUUCAGCUCUACAAAGUGAUAAGAGGGAGGUUGAUAGCGGCUGUAUUCAUCUCAGAAACUUCCUCAACCUGAUGGAAAACGUCCUCAAGCAUCAAAUCAAAUGUGGAAGCAGACGAAGCAGUGCUAUAACAGCGCUACUUUCUGUGUCGCCAGACCCAGAUCGCACACUGUGGUCACUGCUCGAGUCAAUCCCUGGUGCUGAGCAUACUACAGAGAGCGUUCGUCACAUGCCCUCGAUCCACACGCCGCUCGGUAGAUGCCGGGCUUGGAUCCGUAUGGCACUGAUGCAGAAACAUCUUGCUGAUUAUAUUGCUCAGUUGCAAGAUUGCAACGAGAUUUUAAACCAGAUCUAUCACGAAGGGGCCUUGAUGCGUAGUGAUGAAUACGCUCUGGUUUGCGGUUUACUUGUUGGUGUAAACGUUGUUGAUUUUAAUUUCUUCUUGAAAGAUGAAGAGCUGGACUUCGUUGACACCACUAUAGCUUUUGAGCCCUACCUUCGAGGAGAUGUGUACUCGCAGAUUAAUGAUGAGAAUAUCGCGAAAGAGAGCACAGCCGAAGAAUUUCAAACUGUUUUGGAUCAGAAAAACUAUAUGGAAGAGCUAAAUAAACAGCUAAACACGACUGUAGACCGACUUCGAAAAGAAAACGAAGAGUUUAGAUCAAAAUGUCACUCAAUCGACACAGCUGAGGAUUUGGCUCAGCAGUUGCAGGACGUGAAGAACAUUAACCUUAAACUAUUCGAUAAAUUACAGGCUGCCAAUUCGGAAAAGGAUGAUACCAAGGCACGCUUCGCGGUGGUGGAGAAAGAACGCGACGACGCGAUUGUUCGCUCAAACGAGCUAGAGUCGAAACUCCUCCUAGUUGAAAUUGAGCGCCGCAUAUCGAGAGACACGCAGGAAGAUCUAGAAGGAUGUAAACGGCAAAAUGUUCUCCUCGAAAGCGAUUUGAAGAUUGAACGCGAAUGGCGAAAACAGCUUCAGGGUACUAACCAUCAGCUGAUGCAAAAAACUGAGCAGCUCACUCAAGAGGUGGCAUUGUUGAAAUCACAUUUGAAGCAGCUUGAAGCAUAUCGCAAGAAAUGCGAGGAACUCGAUAAGACACUCGAGGAAAUGGGCGCAAAGUUAUGCGACGUCCAGAUAGAGACCGAAGAACUUAAGGAAAAGGCAAACAACAAUAUUAGUACAUGGCAGGACGAUAAGGAAGCGGAAUCCUGUUCAGCGUGCGAAAAACCGUUUAGUGUUUCACGAAGGCGGCAUCACUGUCGCAAGUGUGGACAAAUCUUUUGUGGCCAGUGUAGCGAGGGCAGUAUGCCACUAAUUCGAGGUGGAAAGCCCGUUCGGGUCUGUGAUAGCUGUCAAAGGGAGCUUCUUCAAAUGUAUUCGGUAAAUAGCGCUGCAGUUCAACCAAGAAAAUCGAGCCUCACCAAAAGUAGCAGUAUAAACAGUACGGCCCAAGCCGUUUGUAUAAACAAUACAAACGGCUUGGGGACAAUCUAAUAGAUUAGUUACGGUCAAAAAUUCACUGGCGUCUUGCCUAUCAGUCGAAUGUUUUUAUACUUUACUGUUGUUAUAAUGCGUAUAUAUCUAAAUAUAUCUGGUAUCUAAGCGUUGUUUUUUAGACCGCAGAACACAAAAACGACCGCAUCACACGAGCGAUAUGGUUCAGCAGACCCAUAGGCAUCGUGUGCGACGAAAAUUCGAGAAUGAUAACCAAAAAAAAUUAAAAUCCGCCUCUCAUCUUGCUUACUAAUAACAAUUUAGCUAGGGAUGUAAGAUUUGGCGGCGUAGUGGCGAAUAACUAGCCGUCUGUUCAGCAAACAAGCGAGUUUAGAUUGUUAAAAGCGAUGAAGGCAAGCAAUGUCCUUUAUUCUUUUUCUUUGAUCCUGUGAGUACACAAAGUGAGCGAUAAUGAAAUGUUGGCUACCUAUUGAUAUAAGAAUGCGAGCAUCAACGAGAAUAAUAUAUAGACGCUUGUAAGCUAGAAAAAAAAAUGGUGUUCCACUUCGUAACGCCAAUUAUCUAGGAGAGCUUUUCGCUUCGUCCUCACUUGUCUGAAAAUGUGAACUGUAAAAUAAUUUUAUACAAUUUUAUACACUGUAAACGCGUAACCUGGAAGGCGCACAAAGACAAAGAUGGAUAAAGCACGAAAAAAAAAACAUGAUUUUUCUCUGUUUUCAAACAGCUGCAAAAAAGGAAAAUUUGUGAAUGUAUUCGGAGGGUGAACUAUAACAACGUGGAUUGUCUUCGAACCAGCAAGUAAACACAAACUGGGUGUGUUUGAAAACCCAUAAAGAAUAUAAAGCCGCCAAAAAAUACUGGGUAUUUUUUUAAUUAAGCUCACUUGAGAUCGUGAAAAUUUUAUAUAUUUUCAGCACUCUAGAAAGUAUUGUACAAAAGCCAAGUACGAAUAGAUCCACUACGCAAAGUACAUACGAGAGUCCUCUGAUAGAGAUGUACACUUACAAAGUGUCUAUUUUAGUGUUAUAUUUAUCAAACAGAAAGCCAAAGUAAUCCAACUAAAUUCGAAAAUUGUAGACAAAAAAAAUUGUCUAAACCAUGACAAGUGUGCUGUAUGCUCACUCGCGUACACAAGUUCUCCACUCGUGGGACCUUGGGGCGGUGAAUGCAAUAGCCAAUUGGAUUAACAUGGAAAUGUGCUUGUUUCUCAGAUCGCGUAUACCGAACAGCUUUGAAUGUUGAUAACCGAUCCCUUUUCAAUCUGUGUUUUCCCGCCGCUAUGAAUUGUUCCCGUGUACUCAUUAAUGACUUAUUACAUGCACAUUCAACUGUAUAAAUAAGCAGCUUGUCGUUUCCUGUUUGUGCAUGCCGAGUUCAGUAGAUACUGCUCAGCCUCAACAAGGCCUUUUUCCUUGUUUUGUAUGAUCCCCAGCCAUUUAUGACAUGUAAAAUUGUGCAGUAUUUAUCCGCUUUGUUCGCUACUCUUUUCUACAUACUUUUAUACUCUGUAAGCAGAUGUUUGUUAAUACAGAUAGUUAUAUUUGCGAAAUUUGCUGCAAUAUUUUAGAAAAUGAAAGAAAUAAUCGUCGUCCGAAUAAACCUGUGUUAUCCAGGGCAAAUAUCGAUAAUUCGUUUAUACAAGAAUGCAUGUUCGUAUAUAUACAUAAGGUAGACUAAUGUGUUUAUUAUAGAGCGAUUUCUUUGAAUCGCGAUUAUUCCGUUCUGCUAGAAAUUAUAAGAUUAUGUUUCAGUUGAUACGAACCAAAUAUAAGCAUUCUUUUUCAAGCCGAUACAAAAAACGCUUACAAGACAAUUCCUUGUUUUCGGCUUAUUCCUUUAUUUUCUCCUUAAUUCUUCAUUUCAGUUUUCAUUGCUUACACUUAAUGGCGGAUAGUGAUAUGAAUACUUUCGACAAGUAAGUGUCAGUAUACUAUAGGUAUUAACGAUGUAGUUAUGAUUUAGUCAGCCGAAAUAAUGAUACGAAUGACAAUAUGCGAACACAAUAAAAAUAGAAAAAUCACUAGAUAUACUGAUGUUUACAUUAUUAUCUUUAUAUAGAAAAUGCUUCGUUGCCCUGAGUAGCGGUUAAUUGAACGAAUGAAAUUUUGUCUUUGGAGGAAUCUACAUUUCUUUAAUAGGAAGAAAAGACUUUACAUAUAUUUAAAAGAAAUGAAAAGGCUUAAUAAUUAUAAACAUUUGCGUAUUUGGAAAAGGUUGUGUACAUAUGAAUUAUAAAAUUAGAUUAGUAUUGAUACGAAAAACAUUACUAAUUAUGCCGAGUGUUAACGACUAUGAUAGACGCAUAUAUUAUAUAUAGA